GCGUAUGUGUUUUAAUUUUUUUCUUCAACAGUUUGCAAAUUGUGAUUUCUAUCACAAGAAAAAUACACAAAAAUAACUAUAAUAUAAAUAAAUUAAUACACAAAAAUGUCAUCAGCUAUAUAUUUAGAAAAUUAUUUAGAUGGAUUAGAGUCCUUACCCACUGAGUUAGAAAGGAAUUUUAAACUUAUGCGCAAAUUGGACGACAGAGCACAAACUGCCAUGAAAAGUAUAGAUAGUCAUGCCAAGGAGUUUAUGCGUAAAUUAGCCGACAAUAGCGUAACAAUGACCGACGAGGAAAGGCGAGAACGAUUGACAGACAUACAGCAGUUGUUUGGCAAAGCUAAGGAAUAUAGUGAUGAUAAAGUACAAUUGGCCAUACAGACCUAUGAAUUGGUAGACAAGCAAAUCAGACGUUUGGAUAAUGAUCUAGCACGUUUCGAGGGAGAGAUACAAGAGAAAGCCUCUUCCACCAGAGGCAAAUCAGAGGAAGCACAAGUCAAAAAGGGACGGAAAAAAACAAAAGAUUCUGGUAAGGCUACGGGUAAAAAGAAACGCAACACAUCUACAGACGAUGAGGCCAACAAUAGUGCCGUACUGGCGGCAGCCGCGGCUGGUGGUCAAGGUGGUAAAAAGAAAAAGCAGAAGGUAAAUCAAGAAAAAGAAACUCGCAAGGGGGGUCAAAAGCAAAAGAAUGUUGAUUUAGACGAUUCCGAAAAAGAAUCAUGUCUUACUUCAGCAACACAUCCGAGUGAUGUUUUGGAUAUGCCCGUUGAUCCUAAUGAACCAACAUAUUGUCUGUGCCACCAAGUAUCUUAUGGUGAAAUGAUUGGAUGUGAUAAUCCCGAUUGCCCUAUAGAAUGGUUUCAUUUUGCCUGUGUCGGCCUUACCACCAAACCCAAAGGCAAAUGGUUUUGUCCAAAAUGUACACAGGAUCGAAAGAAGAAAUAACUUGUGUAUGGAUGUUUUAUAUUUAUUUAUAGUUAAAAUUUUUUUACAAUGUAAGUUUAAUUUUAAAAACUGUUUUUUAAAAUAUACUUUAGUUUUACACACAAAAAAA